UCUGAAUCGGUGCUUUACCUGCUUUUGGAUUUGAUUUUUUGGAUUUUUCCCUAGUUUAGUUUAUAACAUUCUUAACUAAACUAGAGUCAGAGAGAACAACAACCAACUGAGGGAGACCCUUUAGGGUUCCCGGCCUUGUGCCGGCCCUUCUUCUCUACACAGCCUGCUUCUUUUAAGAGGCUGCUGAGAAGAGAAGAUGCCCCCGCUUAAGAUUCUCUUUGAUGCCCUGAAGGACUUCAGGAUGAAGAACACCAACAUCGACGCCCUCAUUUCAUAUUAUGAACAUCACUACAGAGGGCAUUUUGGAAGAAUGGUCCACCUAGAACACUUUCUUCAGUGCUAUGGUGUCGACCGUGGUUAUGACGAAGGGAACAUCAGAAACUAUCUGGUGAUGAUCAGUUUCCUGGAACAUCUGGAUCGUCUGGAGAACACUCAUGUUCUCUACAUUGAUGUGUCUUUCAUUUCUAUGACACGUAAAGGUUGGCAGUACAUGGAGUGUCUGGUGCUUCAGAUUGAAGUAAGAUUAAACCUUCUCAACAUUGUACUGAAGAUCUGGGAGAAGGAACAGGAGUUGCUGGAGCUUGCUAGAACCAUUGAAGAACAAGGCGCAGCUCCUGCUUUAAUGAAAGAAAAUGAGGAGGCUCCUGCCAUGGAGCAAGAAGAGGAGGCUCCUGCCAUGGAGCAAGAAGAGGAGGUUCCUGGAGACAAGGAAGAAGAGGAAUAUCCUGGCGAGUGGGAAGAAGAGCAGGCUCCUGGCAAGGAGCAAGGAGAGUGGGCUCCUGGGGAGGAGCAAGAAGAUCGGGCUCUUGGCAAAGAGCAUGAAGAGCAGGCUCCUGGCGAGGAGCAUGAAGAGCUGGCUUCUGGUGAGGAGCGAAAAGAUGAAGAUGCUCCUGGUAAGGAGCAAGAAGAGUGGGCUCCUGGCGAGGAGCAAGAAGAUCUGGCUCCUGGCGAGGAGCAAGAAGAUCUGGCUCCUGGCGAGGAGAAAGAAGAUCUGGCUCCUGGCGAGGAGCAAGAAGAUUGUGCUCCUGGCAAGGAGCAAAAAGAGCGGGCUCCUGGCGAGGAGCAAGAAGAGGAGGCUCCUGGGGAGGAGAAAGAAGAUUGCGCUCCUGGCGAGGAGCAAGAAGAGGAGGCUCCUGGCGAGGAGCAAGAAGAGGAGGCUCCUGCCAAGGAGCAAGAAGAUCCCGCUCCUGGCGAGGAGCAAGAAGAUCCCGCUCCUGGCGAGGAGCAGGAAGAGCGGGCUCCUGGUGAGGAGCAGGAAGAGCAGGCUCCUGGCGAGGAGCGAGAAGAGGAGCGGGCUCCUGGCGAGGAGCAGGAAGAGCGGGCUCCUGGCGAGGAGCGAGAAGAGGAGCGGGCUCCUGGUGAGGAGCGAGAAGAGGAGCGGGCUCCUGGCGAGGAGCAAGAAGAGGAGGAGCCCCCUGGCGAGGAGCAACAACAUGAAGCUUGUGGAAAAGAACAUCAAGAACAGGAAGAAACAGCUCCUCCUGCAGCGUUGCAGCCAACCCUAAGGAAGAGGGUGAAAAAAGCCAUUGUGAGCAGGCUCCGCAGGAUUUGGGGUUCCACCAGAAGAAUCCUUUGUUGCCACAAGCCCUCUCCUGCUCCCUGAAUCCCUUCCCUGUAAUUCCACCUAUGUUCUGUGUGCAUGUGUGUGUAUGGGUGUGUGUAAGGGUGUGUGUGUGUCUAACCUGGGCCACGUUAUGAUGAUCCAGGGUUAAAAGCCGACUGCCAUUUGGAGUCAGGAAGGAAUUUUUUCCCUUUAGUGCAGAUUGGCCUGAGCACUGGGGUUUUUGCCUUCCUCUGGAUCAUCA